GGCAGGAGGAACGAGCUUUUCCAAAAAAGUAUUGGCUGUCCUUAGGAAUGCGGUCGCCCCCCUGGGAAAGUACAUAUCAGGGAGCAGCAGGCAGCCCGGCGCUCGCACUCCGCUCUGCCGCCCCGCCGCGCUCGCUCGCGUCUCCUCUCCCUCCGCUGCCCGAGGGCCCCUCGCCACCGCCGCCAUGGACGCCAUCAAGAAGAAGAUGCAGAUGCUGAAGCUCGACAAAGAGAACGCCUUGGAUCGAGCCGAACAGGCGGAGGCUGACAAGAAGGCGGCGGAAGACCGGAGCAAGCAGCUCGAGGAGGACAUCGCAGCGAAAGAGAAGCUGCUGCGGGCAUCGGAGGACGAGCGGGACCGGGUGCUGGAGGAGCUGCACAAGGCGGAGGACAGCCUCCUGGCGGCCGACGAGACCGCCGCCAAGGCUGAAGCUGAUGUGGCUUCUCUGAACAGACGCAUCCAGCUGGUUGAGGAGGAGUUGGACCGCGCUCAGGAGCGUCUAGCCACAGCUCUGCAGAAGCUGGAGGAGGCUGAGAAGGCUGCAGAUGAGAGCGAGAGAGGCAUGAAAGUCAUUGAGAGCCGAGCCCAAAAGGAUGAAGAAAAGAUGGAAAUUCAGGAAAUCCAGCUGAAAGAGGCCAAGCACAUUGCUGAAGAUGCUGACCGCAAGUAUGAAGAGGUGGCCCGUAAGCUCGUCAUCAUUGAGAGUGACCUGGAGCGCGCAGAGGAGCGGGCCGAGCUCUCAGAAGGCCAAGUUCGACAGCUGGAAGAACAAUUAAGAAUAAUGGAUCAGACCUUGAAAGCAUUAAUGGCUGCAGAGGAUAAGUACUCGCAGAAGGAGGACAAGUAUGAGGAGGAGAUCAAGGUUCUCUCUGACAAGCUGAAGGAGGCUGAGACUCGGGCUGAGUUUGCAGAGAGGUCAGUAACUAAAUUGGAGAAAAGCAUCGAUGACUUAGAAGACCAACUCUACCAUCAACUUGAGCAAAACCGCCGCCUAACUAACGAACUAAAGCUGGCCCUGAAUGAGGAUUAAAAACUUGGGCCAAGUUCUAGGAAUGGAGCCCAUGUUCAGGAAAUCCAUGGCCCAUGGGCUCGAAAACGAUAGCUUUCUGCUGAAAUGGGAAGGAAAGGCAUCGGGUAGAAGGCCAGGCUUGCCUGCCUUUUUCUCUGUAUAGCGUGAUUAAAAUCUCACAAGCCGAGAAGUUUUUACGAUAUAUUAUGUGUAUGUGAAAAUAUUUAUACUGGUCAACUCAGCUCUUCCUGCAGCCACAGGUCCUCUUUGAACUGACUGAUGAGGACCAAAAAAAAAAAAAAAAAGUUUUUAUUCUAUUUCCUCUAAGCAGCUGUGAGUCCUGCUUUAAAUACCUAUCGCAAAUUUGUAUUCCUAAUGUCCUCAUAAUGUGUAUAGUGCUUGGAAUGUGAUUCAAUGUACCUAUGCUUGGGCAAACUAGCUUUUGAAAACAGGCGCUCAUAGGAGAAGUCCCUGGUUGAAAGGUAGGCUUCAUUAAGUUUGUCGGUGUUGGGAUCUGAUGAGUGUGUCAUGCUAAUAAGUGGAAUACUAUAAAAGUACUAAGAGAAUGUCCUAAUGAAGUGUGCAUGAGAUGUGUCGAUAACCAUGUGUGAGCAUUAGAAAUAAACCCUGUUUAAAAAAAAAAUGGUCAGACACCUACUUAAUGCCAUCUUUGUUUCCUGCGAGGCUGUGUGCUGACGCAGCUACCAGCUCCUCUAACUGCCUGUAACUCAGAAUCGACGCUGGUGUUAAUAUCUUGAGUUUGUGUAACAGUGCUGUACCUGUUUUUGGUUUUUGCCGUUCCCUUAAUUCCCAUAGCACGCAGUGGGUGAGCCUUCACCAAGUGUGCCCUGCACUCUGUGUCAGGGUGGACGCUGGUGUGGGUGCACCGGGGCCUUGUCUGGACAGGAGCACUGUCUAAAGCAUGUGGAGUGCUACUCAUCUUCUCUGUGUGUGACUGAUUGCUUACUAAAUGUACAAACCACUACCGGGUCGGAAGCGCAGCUACUCAUGACCUAAUUUUCUAAUCCCAUCGCAGAGAAAGUGGCUCAUGCCAAAGAAGAAAACCUUAGUAUGCACCAGAUGCUGGAUCAGACGUUACUGGAGCUAAACAACAUGUGAAACCCUCCUUAGCUGCGGCCACACUCUCUCCUUUCCCUCCCGUUGUUUUCUUUUGUUUUUAAACACAUGCUUACCGUGAAACCCCGUCAACGCGUUUUUAUACACCUCUACCACUUUCACUGAAACAUCUACAGACAGCCAGCUAGGGCAGGGGGAUGGGGAAAGACACACAGAAAGGCAAGCCCACAUUGGGGCACUUACAAUUUAACCGUGCCAUUCCCAGGCUGACAUCGCCACAUGUCAUAGCGCUUAGGUGUGCAGUUUGCUUAGCCAGUGUAGGAAGCCUCAUGAAAACAGAAAGAUUUCCAGCCAGAGUGCCAAAGGUGGGGUCACCGGGAAGACUGAUGUUGGAGACAGUCGGGUGCAGAUCGGUGCUAAUUUAAACACGAGGAGCCCAGGGGUCUUUUGUCCACUAUUAUACAAUUCAGAUGUCUGUCCAACACUAAUUUAUUCUGUCUUGAGUUGUGCUGUGAGAGAAGACAGUGGGUUUCACAUGCCCAUGUUCAUUAAAUCCAAUUCAUUGAAAGCCACACUGGUCUUGUGAGAUCUCCAUUCCCUCCCAACGGACACGCUUGUAGCUCCUUUUAACUCAGCAGGGAGAGUGCUCAAUAUGGCUCACCCCCUUUCCAGUCCUCCAUGUCAGGAUAAAAUAUCUAGGCACUACAUACGUAAUUGGUAAAGAAAAGGCAUUUUCGUAAGAGUUUUAACUAUAUGUGAACAUUGUAUAAUGAUAUGGAAUAAAAUGCACAUUGUAGGACAUUUUCUAAA